AUGCAACUUAUAUUUAGUGUUUUUGUUUUUGUUAAUCUAAUCAAUAUAUUCAUUGCGCUUGUUUGUCCAAUUUAUCGAUCAUAUCAAAAAAAUUUAGAUUUUAUAGAAGAUUGUCAACGAAAUUGUAAAUUUCGUUAUACAUUAGAAAAACGAGAUGCAUGUUUUGGUAUUUAUUAUAAUUAUUCAGGAUAUAUAUAUGUUAAACAAUUAGGUAUUGGAUAUAGUGAUGAACAAUGUUUAAUAUCAAAACAAUGUAUACUUGAUAUUGAUAUACGAAAUUCUCAAGCAUAUUCAUGUUGUUGUUCAACAGAUAAUUGUACACUUAAUUGGCAAAAUAUAUCAAAUAAAACAAUAACAUCAUAUCAUUCAAUUUUAAUAAAUAAUACAAGAAAAAUUAAUGAUUUAGUUAUAAUAGAACAAGAUCAUAUUUCAUGGAAAUUAUUUUUAAUAAUAUUUAUUUUAAUUAUGAUUAUUAUUUUAAUUAUAUUUAUAUUUAGUCUAUGGACAUCAUUAAGAAAUAAAUAUCCAAAAGAUGAUAAUAAAUUAUUAACAAGUUCUAUAGAAAAAUUAUUUUUUUCUCUACAAGAAAUUAAUAUUGGUAAAAAUAGUAUUGUUUAUAAAACAAUUUUUGAUCAUGAUAUUGUUGCUUUGAAAGUUUAUAAACAAAUGAAUAUAUUAAUAUGGAAAAAUGAAGUAACAUUACUUAAAUCUAUUCAACAUGAAUCAAUUAUUAAGAUUCUAUCUGAAGGUCAAUAUAGUUCACAUUUAUAUCUGGUAUUACCCUUUUAUGAAAAUGGUACACUUCAAUCAUAUUUACUUACGUCCAAUCGUAAAUUAUCUAUUAAUCAAUGUUUAAGUUUUCUUCGUUCACUUGCUUCAGCAAUAUCUUAUUUACAUAUCGGACGUAAUAGUACACAUAUGACAAUUGUUCAUCGUGAUAUAAAAUCAUCGAAUAUACUUAUUGAUAAAGAUCAAUUAAAUUUAUAUUUGACAGAUUUUGGUGUUGCUGUUACUCUUCCACAGAUAUUAACGGAAAAAGAUUUUGUACAAAUUGGUACUAUGCGUUAUAUGGCACCUGAAUUACUUGAAGGUGUUAUUGCACAUACACGUGAAGCUUUAUGUAGUGUAGAUAUGUAUGCAUUGGCAUUAGUAAUGUGGGAAAUCAUAACACAAUGUGAUAUGUAUCCAAUGACAGUAUAUCAUCUACCAUAUGAAGAAUAUAGAACAAAUAGUUCGAAUGGAUCUUCUUUUGCAAGUGAAAUAUAUGAUAUUGUUGUUGUUCGUCGAUUACGACCUACUCUUGUUCGACAAAUAAAAGAUAAUCAACAUUCUCUAAUUAUUCAUGAACUAUGUUCAUUAAUUGAUGCAUGUUGGAUAACAGAUGCUGAUAUACUCCAAGUUGACAAUUCACGUCUUUCUGAAUUCGAUCACAUACCAAUAUCAUUUGAAGUUCAUUCUAUCUAUGAAGUUAUUAAUGACAAAGAACAAAUCGUACUUAUUGAACAACCUCUUCUUACAUCAUAUGUAAAAGAUUACGAUCAACUAAACUCAAGUGCAUCUCAUUCAUGGUCCAAUAUGAAUACGACUAACUGGGGAAUCUUUCUUGCUCUUGAUGAAACUCAAAAUGACAAACCUGUAGGUGGAGCUCUUGUAGCUAUGCCUGAAUGUGCAUUAUGGGAUUUACGUGUUGCACCUGCAUAUCGACGUUUAGGAAUUGGACGAGCUUUAUUAAAACAUGCUAUUCAAUGGAGUAAACAACAAGCAGUAACAACAUGUAUGAGUAUUGAAACACAAAAUACAAAUGUAUCUGCUUGUCGAUUCUAUGCAGCUAUGGGAGCUAGACUAGGUGAUAUUGAUAGAAAAGCAUAUGAAAAUGAUGAAGUAGUUAAAGAUGAAAUUCGAAUUAAUUGGUAUAUUGAUUUCAACUCAUAG